UCUACCUUCCACGGCUACUACUACAGCCGCAAUGGCGUUACUUUUCAUCGCCUUCUUCUUCCUCUUCCUCUUCCUCUUCCUCUUCAUUCUGUUACACUGCCGAGCUGCCACCUCCAACUUCUACGGCCCCAAGAACCACCCCCUCAUUGGCAGCAUCGUCGCUUUCUACCGCAACCGCCACCGCCUCCUCGACUGGUACACCGACCUCCUGGCCGCCUCGCCGUCGCAGACCUUCGUCCUCCGGCGAUUCGGGGCCAGGCGCACUGUCGUCACUGCGAACCCUGCCAACGUGGAGCACAUCCUUAAGACUAACUUCCCCAACUACCCCAAGGGGCGUCCCUUCACGGACAUCCUCGGCGACCUCCUCGGCUCGGGCAUCUUCAAUGCCGACGGCGACCUCUGGCUCACCCAGCGGAAGCUCGCCAGCCACCACUUCUCCACGCGUUCUCUCGAACACUUCGCCCUUACGGUGCUGCACUGUGAGACCUACUCCCGCCUGCUUCCUGUCCUCCACUCCGCCGCCGCUGCGGUGGACCUCCAGGACCUCCUCCGCCGCUUCGCCUUCGAUGCCGUCUGCCGCGUCUCACUUGGCACGGACCCUCUCUUCCUCCACCCGUCCCUCCCUUGUUCCCCCCUCGCCGACGCCUUCGAACUCGCCGCAGCCAUCAGUGCCCGCCGCGGCACCGCCCCGGUGGCUGCCGUUUGGAAAAUCAAGCGUGCGCUUGGCCUCGGCUCUGAGUCCCGGCUCCGCGAGGCCGUUCUCCAACUCCACGCCGACAUCUACGCCAUCAUCGCUGCCCGUAAAACUGAAAUCAUGAUCGACGGCGCCGGAAACGACCUCCUGUCGAGGCUCAUUGCCGGCGGGCACAAGGACGAGGUGGUGCGCGACAUGGCGAUUAGUUUUGUGAUGGCAGGGCGCGACACGACGUCGUCGGCGCUGACGUGGUUCUUCUGGCUGAUGACGCGGCACCCGUCGGCGGAAGCAGAGGUGGUGGAGGAGGUGGUGAAGCGGAUCGGCCGUCACGGGACGAUCGAUUACGCAGCCCUGAAGGAAAUGAAAAUUCUCGAAGCGUGCCUGUGCGAAAGCAUGAGGCUGUACCCGCCGGUGGUGUGGGACAGCAAGCAUGCGGCGGCGGACGACGAGCUGCCGGACGGGACGCGGGUGCGGAAAGGGGACAGGGUCACCUACUGCCCCUACGGGAUGGGGAGGAUGGAGGCGCUGUGGGGGAAAACUUGGGCGGAGUUCGACCACCAGAGGUGGCUCACGACGACGGCGGAGGUGGUGCGAGAGUCGCCGUACAAGUUCGCCGUGUUCCAGGCGGGGCCGAGGUUGUGCCUGGGGAAGGAGAUGGCGUUCGUGCAGAUGAAGUACGUCGCUGCGGCUGUGCUGCGGGAGUUCAAGCUGAGGCGGGAGGAGGCGGACGACGGUCAGCCGCCGGAGCUCGUGCCGCUGCUGACGGCGCAUAUGGCCGGCGGACUCAGAGUGCGCGUCGAGAAGAGAAAAUGGAAUAAUGAUAUAAUUAAUUAAUUAAUUAGUAAAUUAUUAUAAUUAUAGUCUUUAUACCAACAAUAUCUCAUCUUUAUGAAUUAUUAUGCACAUUAAAAACAAAAAUAUGUAUUUAAAAAAAAAGAUAUAAUAAUAUUUAAUAGUAGCCAAUUUUAGAAUAGUUUUUUUUUAUUGCUGAAUUUU